CAACUUUCUUCUGCUUGGUAAAGUCAGACUUGUCAGCUAAUUUGAACUCAGACUCUAUUUCUUUUGGUAUCAAUUGAGGAUCAACAGGCCCACAGUUUGACAAACCAUCCACGCUGCAGAGGAUCCGAUGGUGUUCCGUGGCAAACCAUCCAAGUUUUGCGAGAGAUGUAGAGAGAGAAGACUACGAUGUGAUCAACAACGGCCAAGUUGCAGCUCUUGCAUUCGAGUGGGAGCAGCAUGCACCGGCUAUCGCGACACGAUCAACAUUCGGAUCAGCGACCAGACCGACUUUGUACGGACAAAGGCUCUAGCAAAGACAAGGUCUCCACUGAAGCAACGAUGUGUUGGCGAAUCCAAAGCCAAGCUUAAGGUUCGACAUCUACCCCAAGACCUUUUGACCCUAGGUCGAGACAUGUUCUUCACGUACUACGUCUCCGAUUUCAGUCGCACAUGGGACUUCCUAUACAAUUAUCUAGACCCAAGAUCCGCGCCCAAAUAUCUUACUCUGAGCAUCGAAGCGGUCAGUCUCGCCUUCUUGUCCCAUCAGGUUUCUUCCGAGACUGCAAGAGAUCUAGGACGUAGGAAGUACUGUCAGGCACUACGGGAGAUCAACAUCGCCCUGCAAGAUCCUACGACAGCAAAAGCGGCAUCGACUUUCGAAGGAGCGUUGUUGCUGGAUCUCUUUGAGAAGAUCAUGAAGUCGGCCUUGGAGAUCAACACAUCAGGACACGCCCAUAUCGAAGGCGCUCUCACAUUGGUAAAAUUGCGAGGGGUAGAGUCAUUCAAAAAAGGCACUGAGCUGCGGGCGUUGAUGGGACUUUCCCUGAAUGCGACGAUAUGUUCAUUGAGUACCGGACGAGUGGUGGACGAUGCAAUACGACAAAUACGAGUGCAUGCAGCACAAUUCGUCAACACUGAUUAUCCAAAGUGGAAGCUCAGUGGAUUGAUGCUCGAUAUAACCGAUCUAGCUGCAGAGAUGCGGAAAGGCUGUAUGACGGCGGAAGAGAGGAUAACAAAAAGCGAGUACUUUGAUCGAAAGCUCGAGAUUGUUGCACUUGAAGCGAGCCCGGCUUGGACGUAUGAACGCAAAAACUUAUCUGAUUCUGAUGGAGCAAGACUGGUACCCAAAAGAUUCCCAUGGGUAUACGACGUCUAUUCCGAUCGCAUGAUCACCCAGAUGUGGAACGUGCUUCGCAUAGCCCGAAUACUUCUCUGCGAGGAGAUCAUCCAGUCCUGUUCCGAGAGCUGCGACCCUGAUGUUGCCGCUCAGUAUGAUCGAGCAAACGCUGCCAUCUUGGUCCUAGUUCAAGAAAUCAUUGCAUCGGUCCCUCAGAUGACGGACUGCGACCUAGUCGCAAAGCAUAAGCUGCCUAGUGGAAGCACGGGUAAACAACAUGCACACAGCAUACCGCACAUACUCGACGUUUACAUACUGAUAUUUAGCCUGUACGUUGUUGCUUGGUCAAAAAGCUGUCCACAAUCUGCCGUCGAUUGGAGUCUGAAGCACCUGCAGCACAUUGCCGAUCACUUCGCUAUCAAAGAGGCCGCUGUCAUUCUGAAUAUCUUGAAGAAGCAAAAGAAGGAGGAGCGUGUUGAUUCAUGGAGCGUCUUUCAGAUUCACGAGACAACACUCUUACUGAAAAGAACACCUGUCAUUUCGGAGCCUUUACAUUUGCCGACAUGGACGAAGUAAGGACCGAGUCUUAGAGGUGGUGAAGACACUGGAUUUAAACAACUUGUACACAAAACUUAAGCAGAGUCCCCAAGAUAAUCGUUGCCCAUACUGAAGGUUUCGUCCCGGCAAUAGCCGGCGAAUAUCUCGAAGGCUCGAUUCAGCUUUCUUGUAGUGUCCGCUAGGAUACUCUCUACCUUUGUAACUCUUGUAACCAAAAUAAAAACGUACACAGAAACCCUUGGUGAGAGAGCUUCUCAUACACAAAC